AUGGCGCCGGGAGCCAGAUCGGGCCGCGCGGCUCCUCCGGGCGCCCGAAGCAGCUUCCUCUCCUCCUACACGGUCUUCGUCUCCGCGCUCGUCGCCCUCCUCUUCCUAGCCGCGCUCUUCGCCUUCAUCACCUCCAACUCCGGGGACGUCAAUGGAGCGGAGGAGCGCUCUCUCUCAGAGCCUGGGGCGCUCCUCAGACCGAACUACUUCAGCCGCGUGACGUCGACGGCGCUGCAGUCUGAUCCCUUCCGGACUCGCCUCGAUCUGAUCUACCGCCAGGCAGCCGAUCACGUCGCCCUCGUCAACGCCUACGCCACCUUCGCGCGGCGCGCCAAGAUCGACGCCGGUCGCGUCCUGCGGACCUUCGAGGACCUCGUCGGCUGCUUAUCGUCGCUGCUCGCCCGCAUUCCGCCCGCCGACAAUGCUGCCGCGCUCGACGACGAGGCUCUGCGGGCCCUGGAGAAGGAGCUCAAGGACCGCCUCAAGCUCGCCCGGCAGCUCGUUGCCGAGACGAAGGAGAGCUUCGACACGCAGAUCAAGAUCCAGAAGCUCCGGGACACCGUGUUCGCUAUCGGCGAGCAGAUGAACCGCGCAAAGAAGCUCGGGGAUCUCGCCAGCCGGAUCGCCGCGGGGUCCACCCCGAAGAGCCUCCAUUGCCUCGCCAUGCGCCUAAUGGAGGAGCGCGUCGCCCACCCUGAAGCAUACGCCGAGGAGAAGGGGGCCACCAACCAUCCGGAUCUGGCCAAUCCAGAUCUGUACCACUACGCCAUCUUCUCCGACAACGUCGUCGCCGCCUCGGUGGUGGUGAACUCUGCCGUCCGGAGCGCAGCGGAGCCGUCCAAGCACGUCUUCCAUCUCGUCACGGACAAGAUGCACCUAGCGGCGUUCCAGGUCUGGUUCCGCCGCCGCCCGCCCACCGGGGGCGCCCGAGUGGAGAUCCGCUCCGACGACUUCCCCUUCCUUAAUGCGUCCUACUCGCCGGCCGUGCGGAUGGGGCUGCCGGUGUUGGACCACCUCAAAUUCUAUCUGCCGGAGAUGUUCCCGAGGCUGAACAAGGUGCUGCUCCUGGAGGACGAUGUGGUGGUGCAGCGGGAUCUUUCAGGCCUCUGGUGGGCAGAUCUGGACGGAAAGGUGAACGGGGCGGUGGAGAAAUGCUUCGGAUCUUUCCAGCGCUACUCCCGCUACCUGAACUUCUCCCACCCUGCGGUGAAGGAUAAGUUCAGUCCCCGAGCUUGCGCCUGGGUCUAUGGAGUAAACGUCUUCGAUCUCGACGCCUGGAGAAGGGAAAAAUGCACGGAGCAAUACCAUCACUUCCAGAACCUGGUAAGGAUUCAGCAAAGCGUACUCCUUUAUUUAGCGAGAGUUCUAUUUCUCUGCUCCGCCUUGCCAUUAUCGAUCAGUUUCUGAAGCAACUCCCCAGUAGAAUCUUUAAUUCUUUCUUGGCAAUGAUCAGGGCAACUAAUCUUUUUAAUCCCGAAUGGCUCUGGCCCCAAUUCCAUCCCCGAACUACCUGCGAACCAGUGACAACCAAGGUAGAAAUCGCUGCCUUUUUCCACCAGCACUCUUCCAAUGCCGAUCAACAGUCUAGUUUCAUAUUGCCAGCAAGUCUACCACUGAUUAUUUCAUUUGGGCUUCGAGGGGAUCCUAUGCUUACGUCAUAAAUAUUGGUCAUAAGGUUACCUAGAACACAAGCCUGUACCAAAAAAUAUCAGCAUCCGUUGUAGCACCAUGAUUGACAUCCGCAGAAGAUCGAGUUUUUAUUUAUCCUCUGAUUAACUUUUUAGGAGUUUCUACCUCUUUGUUCUUGGGAACACUGUCGGAAUCUACUGAAUUUAUUUUUAAUCGGUAGGAUAUUUCCAAUCAAGAUAGUAUUUCUGAUACGGCUCACAAGAACUCUAUCGAAUUCGGAGGACAUAUUCUGUACCGAAUUUUAUCUAGUAUGGAAUCCUCUAUUUAAGGAUAAAUCGCGAGCCGAUAUGAACUUUAUUGCCGCAUAAUUUGUUGAACUUCCAUGCUGUCUUCAUAGAAUCAUAGCUCAAUUCUCUGCUAGUCUGAGACCGUCCUUUCAGCAGUGGAACCCCAGAAGGAACGCCACUCUCUCUCUCGCUAUGUUUCUGAAAAAUUACUUGAUUUCCUCCUACUUCGUCAGUGGGAUUAUCGGUUGACUUCUGUGAUGAUCUGCUGAUUCCUUAUCCUCGCUGCAAUAUCGUCGAAGUUUAUUUACGUUUAUUUUUUGACCGUUCGAGCUUUCUUAAACAGACAAGGUCAACCUCAUUGGUUCCAUUCUUGGUUUAAGCUUCCUCGCGGCACUGAACUACCUCACCUGUUGGGGCUUGACUUCCCAUUAUCGGACGCCCGCUGGCUUUCACAUUUUUUCUUCGCAAUGGGUCUUCUGAAGAAAGCCGGCUUUUACAUCUGUUCUUCUUUUAGAACGAGGACGGCACUCUCUGGAAGCCCGGGACGACGCUGCCAGCGGGGCUGUUGACCUUCUACUCGUUGACCAAGCCCCUGGACAAGUCGUGGCACGUGACGGGCCUCGGUUACAACCCGAGCAUCGGCCAGGAUCUGAUCGAUGCCGCCGCCGUCGUCCAUUUCAACGGGAACAUGAAGCCGUGGCUCGACAUCGCCAUGAACCAGUACAAGCAUCUCUGGACGAAGCACGUGGACGCCGAUAUGGAGUUCCUCCAACUCUGCAACUUUGGACUCUGA